UACGCUUCCUGCUAUUGGGAUCAUGCUCUAAACAGGUUAGCUCCUCCAUGACAUAUAGUUUUGGCAUGAAAGAUGGAUCUAAGGCUACCAGAGAGAAAGAGUUAGAAAUGACUGUAGACUUUUUCUAGCAUCUUUUCAUACUUUAUUAAGAAAGGGAAGGAACUUAGGCUUUAUCAUGAUAUAGAUUUGAUUGACUUAGGCCCACAUAUCUGCAAGAGUCAGCCAAAUUUAAAUUGUAAACAUGUUUUUAGAAAAUCUGAAUUCCCCAGCACAACUGGCUUUAACGACUGGAAACAAGAUGCAGGACCCCAACUCAGACACUGAGUGGAAUGACAUCUUAGACAAGAAGGGCGUCUUACCCACCAAGGAAAGUCUAAAAGAAUUGGAAGAGGAGGCAGAAGAGGAGCAGUGCAUCCUUCAGCAGUCAGUGGUGACAACAUACGAAGAUAUGACUUUGGAAGAGCUGGAGGAUCAUGAAGACGAGUUUAAUAAGGAGGAUGAACAUGCUAUUGAAAUGUACAGAUGGCAGAGACUCGCUGAGUGGAAAGCAAUUAAACUGAAGGAUAAAUUUGGAGAAGUUUUGGGGAUCUCAGGGAAGUAUUAUGUUCAAGAAGUUACCAAAGCUGGUGAGGGCUUGAGGGUCGUCUUGCACCUUUACAAACAAGGAAUUCCCCUCUGUGCCCUGAUAAAUCAGCACCUCAGUGGACUUGCCAGGAAGUUUCCUGAUGUCAAAUUUAUCAAAGCCAAUUCAACAACCUGCAUACCCAAUUAUCCUGAUAGGAAUCUGCCCAUGAUAUUUGUUUACCUGGAAGGAGACAUCAAGACUCAGUUGAUCGGUCCUCUGGUGUUUGGUGGCAUGAACCUGACAAGAGAUGAGUUGGGGUGGAAACUGUCUGAAUCUGGAGCAAUUAAGACAGACUUGGAGGAAAACCCUAAGAAGCUGAUUGAAGAUGUGUUGCUGUCCUCAGUGCGGAGCUCUGUCCCCAUGAGGAGGGACAGUGAUUCCGAAGGUGACUGAGGCUGCAGCUGCUAUCACAUGCUGA